AUGUGGAUGGCUAUUGUGGAAGAAGUGGUUCCUUCCGGAGGGUCUGUGGCUAUGAUAGAUUGGUUAACUUGGGAAGGAGAAGAAGCGGUAUUAGAUACAAAAUUCGAUUCAGAUGGUCCUGUAUUCUAUGAUGGUGCUAUUAUUCCUACUUUUCGCUCGACUACUCUAGAGUUGUACAUAUACUGUUUAAUCUGGGCUGCGCUGGUUGCGGCGUUCGCGAUUUCAACGUUGGCGUUAGCUGUAUCUAUUCGCCACGUUGUUCGUGCAUGCCGUACUCGGCGCUGGAAGCCCGUGAUCGCUGUUGGAAUGCCUGAGUCUGUGGAUAGGAGUUUUUGUGCGGAGCGCUGCAAUGAGAGAGGCGUCUGUUUCGGUUUGGGCGCGGGAGAAUUUAAGUGUGUGUGCUAUGAGGCGGACGACUUUUCCGCUAGUUGUAAUGGUGCGACGACGACGCCGUCUGAAGAAGCCGAGAGGGUAAAUUGGGAGUUAAUUGCGGCUUUGGUUGUGGCGCUCGUCGUACUGAUGAGCUUCCUAGCCGUUUGUUGCGGCUUUUGGAGACGCCGAUGCCGCGAAUGCGUUGAUGGAGGCAUUCGAGCCGUACUCCGCGAGGCGGCAAGAAGAUGUGGCGAGGCGUCUCCUGGGCCACCGGCAGGGGAGGAGAGGAGGGAGAUGCCGGCUUGAGGCUAGGUUUUUUUUUCUUGUAAAUGGGUUGCUGUGAAUAUGUAUAUAUCUUGUCCUGUAAAUAUUUGUUGUAUAGUUAGUCAUUGUUGUGUAUAGUGUAGUUUUUUUUUGUACAAUGUAAUUGUGUGUUACAUUUUGAUUUAUAUGGUGCUAGUAGUCAUUCCUAGUUUUCUGUGAUUCCUUGUUGUAGCUAGUCCUUUAUCGUCGUUUUGUUAUGCUGUAUUUUAUGCGAUUAAAGUUUUUUUCCAAA